CGAUGAUGUUUCUUAUUUUGUGACAUCACUAUCGAGAUACUAUCGAUAUGACAAAUUCGUAUCGAUAAGUCGAGCCCUCCUCUAGCCUGUGCGUGGUCUGCGGACUCAGCGGGAGCGAACUGAGCGAACUAACUGCGUCCUAUGUCGUCCUAUUUCUCUUCUCGGUCUGUGUGAGUGGUCUUUGUGGUGUGUUUCUGUAUUUACAUUUAUCAAAUUCCGAAUUGUCUGAAGAAAAAUGUACGGAUCAAUGUUGGGGUUGGGGUAAUCGCCCAAUGUUUUCUGUGUAUAUCAAACAAAAAUCGUUCAUAAACGUUAACAGAUUUAUAUUUUAAAGUAUGAAGUGUUUUGUCAUUUGAAAUGGAGCCCCCCAAAAUCUCCUUCAGUUUUACAAAAUCAUUCAAAAAAACAAACAUUAUUUUGAACACUGCUACUCCAAAGGAAAAUGAGAAGAAGGGUGAAGUUAUUGAAUGUCUUGAAGAACAAUCCAUUAAAAUCAAAGAUGCAAUCAUAGAAGAAGCACGUCCACUGGUAAUUCCCCUCAAAGAUGACCAAAAAAAUUUGCUUGAUCGUAUCAAAGCAGCAAGCAAAUGGGAUAAGAAAAAGGAGAAAGAAGACACCCGUCCUGAUUCUGAACUAACAGCCGAUGAAUUAGCUGCCAGACAGCUGAUUAGAGAGGCUAAAGCACGUUUAGAGAAUGGCCAUGAAUCAAACAACCACAAAGUAUCAGUUCUCCCCCUAACAGAAGAAUCAGCAACUUUAACUGGAGAAAAAGAACCAACUUUGGAAGACUAUGAAUCUGUUCCGAUUGGUGACUAUGGUCUAGCACUUCUUCGGGGCAUGGGUUGGAAAGAUGGCAUGGCAAUUGGGAAAAAUGUAACGAAAUCUGCUGUUCCUAGUUUACCAGAAUUAAGACCCAAAGGUCUUGGUCUUGGAGCGACAAAAAUUGAACUGCCAGAACAGAAGGCCACAGAUGAGGAUGGGAAUGAAUUAAUUUUGAUGAAGAGGGGUUUUGCGAAAGUUGUUAUGGGGCCACAAAACGGAAAUUAUUGUGAGGUUCAAGGUUUUGAUGAAGAAGCUGGCAGGGUUAUUGUAAAAGUAUAUCCUAAAGGAGAUAUAAUCAAUAUUAAUGAAGUCAUGUUGGUACCAGUGACAAAGGAAGAAUUUUCAAAGGGUUCCAAAAUUUUAAACAAUGCAAAAUAUGAACAAUAUAGAAAAUUAUCUGACAAGAAGCUAGAGAGUUUUAAAGUGGAAAAACAAAAAUCUGAUUCUGAAGAUUCUGAUCGUUCAAGUAAAGCUACAACCUCAGCUGCAACUUGCAGUAAAUAUUCUAAAAGAUCUCCAUCCUCUGAAGGUGAACUUGACACUUCAAAAUAUUCUCACAAAAACAGACAAUCAAGAAGCCGGUCAAAGGAUGAAGACAGCAAAAAAUCAAGAAGUAAUAUAGGUAUGGAUAAAAGCGAAAAGGGCACAAAAAAAACGAGAAGUAGGUCAAAUCAUUGGUUAGAAACUGAUAGACCUGAAUCUAGAAGUCGAUCCAAAGAUAGAAACAGUAGGAAAAAGUAUAGAUCAAAAUCCAGAAGCUGGUCCAAGGAUAAAAAGAAAGAUGAUGAAGAGAGAGCAUUGAGAAGGAGGUCUGAUAAGGACAGAGAAAAGUCGAGAAGCACGUCUGAGGAUAGCUAUCAAGAGAGGAAAAAAUCUAGGAGUAGGUCAAAUAAGGAUAAAAGAAAAAGUUCAAGGGAUACAUCAGAUGAGGAUAAAAGAGAAUCCAGAAGCAGAUCCAAAAAAUCUAGGAAUAAGUCAAAAGAUAAAAUUAGCCGUCAUUCUUCAAAACAUAAAAGUUCUAAAAAUCGUUCAGGAUCUAUAGAAAAAUCAUACUCCAAAGAAAAGAAAAAGAAAAAGUCUAGCCAUAAGUCUAAAAAAGUCAGACAUUCUUCUGAAGAUAGUGAUAGAAGCAGGAGUACAUCCAAAGAUAAGCGUGCCAAAAAUAGGAAAUCAAGGGAAACUAGUUAUAGCAGCGAUUCUGAUCUUAAAAAGGAAAAAAGAAGAAAGAAUAAGUGUAAGUCAAGACAUAGGCAGGCAAGCAGUAGCGAUAGUGAGGAUAGAAAAUACCGCAAAAAGAAAUAAGUUAAAAAAAUUCAGUAUGCUUCCAUUUUUGAAUGGAGUACCACCGCUGUACGGGAAUUAUAUUAGAUACAACCCACUUUAAAACAAGGUGAACUGAGACACACGUAUUUGACCAUAGUAUAAUCUUGACCCCCAGGCGAUCAGCUGAUAUUUCUAUACUUGGGGCCUGUUACUUAUAUAAUAUCACCUAACGCAGAUGGACAGAUCAAGUUCUUUAAAAUGCAUAAACAAAUAUGAUCCUGUGUCUGUUUUUAGCUCCUACUAAUAAUUAAUUUGUUCUAUACAACCCUUGACUAUUGUUAUAGAACUAUUGUCUCAAAUAAAACUGCAUGAAGUAAACAAAAAAUAUAGUGUGAUGAUUUUGCAUAGAUAUUGAUAAUAGCAUAAGUGUUACUGGUGGCUUUUUGUUUACACAUGCUUUCGUUAUUGGAAAAGUUUGAAAUUAAAACCUUAUUCAGCGACCAGAAGAAAAUGACUGUGGUAUUAAGAAAUCUGUUGGUUUAAAAAUUUAUUUAUUUGUCAUCUUAUGUAACAAAUUUGCUCUUUUUACAGAAGGAGAAUACUUGUUGGCAUGAGCAAAAAUCUAGUGCCAUAAGUCCAAUGAGAGUGAAAAGGUAUUUUUGAAUGUGUUGUACGUACACUACCUUAUAUGUUCUCUACAAUUGCUUUGAAAUAACGGGUUUUUUCAAGCAAUUGUAGGAAACAUAUUUAUAUCAAGUCGAUGUUCUUUUUGUGUAAAUAUAAAAGUUGAAAAGUACGCCUUUCUACUUCUUUUGUAUGCAUCAUGCAUCUUACCUCAUAGUCUACUGAAAAUGUCCGAAAAUUUAAGGGUAGAAAGGAACAAUUGCGUUGAAGGGCCACAAAGUGCCCCCUAAUUUGUUUUGAGAUCCGACCAAGAAUGCACCUUUUCUUGUUUUUUUUUUUUAAAUUUGAAGUACCUAUUAGAAUAACUGAAAAACCAAAAAAAAACGGAAUUUUGUUUUUGAGCUGUAACUUUUUUAUUUUUUGACCAAUUUUCUUCUGUCUUGGCUUGUUUGAAAGAGAAAUGAACAGACUAACGAAUCAGGGUAAAACUUUUGACAUUUGAAAAAAAUCCAAAAUGGCGGACUCCUUCAAAAAUUGCCUAGUUUUGGAUAGCGCUGGAACUUUUUUGUGACACCCUGUAUACAUUUUUUGAAUAAAUUCUUAAAGUUCAUCAUUUUGCGAACAUUUUAAGACCUCGACAGAAAAAAUCGGUUGAAAAAUAAGUGAAAUAUUGAAUUUUUUGUAAUUUGGAAUUCCAAUUUUUUAUAUUGACAGUAAAAUCUAGGAUAUGCUAUUUCAGCUAGAAUUUUUUUUUACUCGACAUAUUUUUUCUAUUUCGGGAUUGUUCGAAAGAUAAAUAGGUAGAAUAAGGAUUCGAAAUGAAGAUUUUGGUGAUAAAAAAUUAAAGAUUUCCCAGUUCCUUCAACAUAGCCAAUUUUGAAAAAGUUAACGAUAAGUUUUCUAACAAUACGACUAAUAUUUUUAUUUAUAAAUUUUAAAAAAUAACGUAAUAGUUAUUUAAGUAUUAAGGGCGGUAAGUGUCGUUUACCGCCCGAGAUUGUUUGAAUUCAAUAUUCGAGGGCGGUUAACGACACUUAACGCCCAAAAUACUUAUUACGUUUUAUGCACGAUCGGGCUAUUCCAGUUCAAAAACCAUCCAAUUGACAUUUUCAAAAAUAGAAUUGUCUUCCUCCUAUAAAGGCGCGUUCCCAAUGAAAAAUUGGCAACUUUUGUAUUUGCAACGCUUCCAAAAAUCACAACUCUUAUUUCCAUGGUUAUCCACCACCGCACAUUAUCUAUAACAAUUAUUAUUAUUAUUAUAGUUGGCUGGACUACUUGUUUCUAAUGGUUGGUAUGGUUGUUAUGGUGCUUCUCAAAUUGUUUAUUUGUGUUAGUUACGCAAAACUCGCUUUCAAACAAUACGGUUGCAAGCUGCAAAUACGCUUUUUUGAAAUUUAAGGAGAAAUAUGAGUGAAAAUAGUGAUAGUGAACUGGAAAAUGCUUGGAAUAUUGGUUGUAACGCUGUGAUUCCGGAAAAAUCAAGGCAACGGUACGAAAAAACCUUUGAAAUCUUUAAGAAGUGGUGCGUUGACAAAAACUGGG